UCAUUUGUUAGUUUUUAUGGAUUCUCGGUAGAAAAGCAGUUUCGAAAAAAAUUUUCAGAAUAAACUUAUUUGGUUUUAGUUUUUAGAUAUUUGAGUAACCCCUAAAUCUACACAGAGAGGACUUUUUACUUAAACUGAUCGGAGGUACAACUUUGGCACAUCUGUUGAGAAGUGGUUCACGUUGAUUUGAAUGAUGCCAAUAACGAAUUUUACAUAAACGGAGAAUACGGUGAUACGGCCCAGCAGACGACGAAUCAGCAGGCGGCAAACGCCAAGCAGCUUCAGCACCAGCAUCAGCAUCAGCAGGAGAUCUUCAUACAUAGCCGUACCUACGGACCGAAGCCUGCACUGAAUCGGAGCAGCAGCAGCAGCAACAACAGCUGCAACAACUGCAACAGUAGCAACAGCCUUUUUAGCUGCUGCAACAACAACAAUAACAAUAACAGCAACAGCAGCAGCAACAACAACAACAACAACAACAGAAAGUUUCAUCACAGCCGCAAGUCUGGCGGCGGCAUACAAAUGGCGUCGGGUCAUAUGGAGCGCAGCAGCGGCCAGAGCAUGAGCACCUCCGGCACUGGCCAACACGCCCACAAUCGCCAUCACAAUUAUACGAAUGGACAGGGACAGGCACAGGCACAGACACAAGUACAGGCACAGACACAGGUACAGGGCUACGGACACGGCGAUUCAUUGGGUACCAGCGGCAACAAUGGCCGCACCAGCAAUAACUCGGCAACUAGCAUUGGCGGCACCACUGGCAGCACUGGCAACAUGCCGCUCUUCUAUAGACACUGCUCCGAGUAUCAGCCGGGGCCGCAUGCCAAUCGGAAUCCCUCGGCAAGCGUUUACAAUGUGCGCUCCUGGUCCGGUUGGGAUCCGCAGCAACACCAGCAGCAGCUGCAGUUGGUCCAGCAUCAUCAGCUGGCACAGCAGCAGCUGGCGCAGCAGCAGCACCAUCUCGCACAGCAGCAACAGCAACAGCAGCAGCAACAGCAGCAACAGCAGCAGCAACAGCAGCAACAGCAGCAGCAACCAUUGGGCACGUCCUCGCAUUUCGAGAUGCAACCGCUGCAGACAUCGCGGUCGCAUCAACUGAAUGUGAGCGCACCCAGCUUUACGCCAGCCAGCGCCAGGGCUGUCGGUGGUGGCCUUACACCGGCACCGGGAAUAGCUCGACGCCCGCCGAUACCAUUGAUACCCAGCCAAUCGCAGCCGCAGCUGCAGACACAGUCGCAAUCACACUCCAGAAGCCAGUCGGAACGGAGCAACGGGCGACGCCAACAGUUACCGGAUCUAUUUCAAACGGUACUAAAGCUGAUGCGAGAGCUAAACCGUUCGGUCAGCUAUCCGGAGAUGAUUGGAAUGCUGUCGAUGCGGCUGCAGCGUUUGCCCGUCGAGCUGAAGCGUCAUAUACCGCACACACUACACGGGGCCGUUGCAAAUGGGUAUUUACGCAAGGAUGGCAAUUAUUAUACGCUUCUCUCGGAGCAGGAGCAGAAGGAGAUCAUGAAGCGCAACCAGGAGGCAGCCAAGCGCGCCAAGGAGCUAGAGAAGGAGCCGCUCUCGUGGCGCAUUCGUUAACCCAGACUUUCUUGCCACUCGUAACACUUGGCCGUUGCCAGGGAUUCGAAGUGUAGUUCAUAUCGUUGAUGUUUUUGUUCCCGCGUUACAUGCACACCCCCAUGAAUCCAACGAAUGUCAAAUUGUUCCACAUACAUAUACUACAUACCAAACGCUGGGCUGCUGCCGAAUGACAUUUGGGUAUUCCUCUGAAAUUUAAGUUAUUAUUUUUAACCAAUUUCAAUUGGCAAACCCUUCGUGUAAAAUAAAAAAAAAUUUAAGUUCGAUCCAAUAA